GAACAUACGCAACUUAUCAAAAGUACAACAGUCACCCAAAGAUGUUGAUGGCCAGCACUUGCACCCACGCGCCUAGCCGCCGUGGCUCCCUCGCAACGACCGUGUCGACGCGCACUGCCGCGUCACCCCGCUGGCUGCUACCCACGCCCCCACAGCGCCUGCCAGCCACGCGGCGCAAGCGACACGUCACGGCCGCCGCCUCUGGCUCUGCCGCAGCCCCGCACCCCGAUCGGGAUGAUGACGACGACCGCGUGCAUGACAGCCGCGGCGCUGCCCCCGCCCCGUCGGCGGGGCCCGACCUGGGCGCGGGCUCCGAGGGCGCGGGGGCGGGCUCGGCGGCUGUGGGCGGCGGCGGGGGCGGCAGCGGCAGCGGUGUGGCGGCGGCGCACGAGUCGCGUGUGGGCGGCGACACGGACAUUGCCAACUCGCUGCGGGACAGCGUGCACCCGGUGCCCUCCGGCAUGCCCGUCACCGUCCUGCCGCCCACACGUGAGGGCGUGGCGGCACCCACCCACCCGCCCACCGUCCCCAGCCCCAUGUCCGGCGACGCCGCCUCCUUCGAGCGCCGCGCCGCCGCACUGAACCCGGAUGCCAGCAGCGCCGCCAGUGGCGGCGGCGGCGGCGGCGGACACGUGGGUGUGGACAUGAGCAGUGCGUCCAGGGCGGAGCGGGCGUCGCGCGGUGCUGGCACGGUUGCGCCUGGCGGCGGGAGUGGUGGCGGUGGCAGCGGGAGUGGUGGUGGUGGUGGUGGUGGUGGUGGUGACGGCGGGAGUGGUGGCGGUGGCAGCGGGAGUGGUGGUGGCGGGAGUGGUGCUGGUGAGACGGGCCGCUCGCCUGACAGCGACACCAGCGCGCACGGCCAGGGCAGUCGCAACCAGAUGUAGGAAUGUAGAGCUACUACAACAUAUUGAACUGCAGGAGCACCGGAUUUGGGGAUACAGCAGGACGGGGGAUGCGGGACUCGGUAUUGUCAUGAA